AUGUCCAUAUUAAUAAAUGCUAGGGCUUUAACUCCAUUAGUCUUUUUGAAUUAUCUUUCAUUAGAAGAUUAUCUGAUUACUAAGCUUAAAGAGAAUACUUCUUCUUAUAAAUAACUUAAAAGUGAUUAUGAAGAAAAGACGAUGAAGUAUGAAGAACCAGAAAAGGCAAAGAAAUUAGUAGAAUAAUCUAAACAAUCAAAUUUGCAAGAAACUAUUCUGAGUUCAAAACAUAAUGUAGAAGUUACUCACAAUUAUGUUUCCUCUUUAAAGAUUGCAUAUUACAGACAAACAAUUUAUAACAGUAUACAUGAAAAUCUACCUGUUAUUUAUCCACUCGUGACUAUAGGAUCUUUCUUUGCUCCCGUAUUGAUGACAAGAGCAUGUGAAUUAUUUAUAUUUGGCAGAUUUGGAGCACUUAUUUAUGAUAUAUGGGAUCUUAAAAAGAAUAGUUAAAUUUCGACUCGUUCUGAAGAUAUUGUUUACGGAUUUUCUACUGUAGCUAUUUUCUCAUUAGUGGCAUUCACAAGUUUUGUUCCUUUUUAUAGAUUUGCUAGCUUAAGCUCUAAUAAAUUAAAAGAUAUAGCUGCUAGAGAAGUGAUGCUAGCUGAGCGUGCUAGAGAAUAGUUAACUAAAUUAAAAUGA